UCUGUGUCGUUCCUCAGUGAUCGUUGUAAGGCAGAGUUCAGUUAGUUCUUAUGCGAGUGUCAUUGUGCCCUUAUGACCACGACUGUGUCCAAGGUACGCACCUAUUUCUCAAACAGCCUGAUGCAGACAACAAGACACAGACAACCUGACACAGACAGCCAGACACAGACAUUCUGAUACAGAAUGCCAGGCAAAAACAACCCGAUACAAAGAGUCUGACACAGAAAACGUGACACAGACAAUGUGACACAUAGUCUGACACAGCGGCCAGAAUAAAACAGACUCCUUCAAUCUCAUUAGCAAAUCUGUUGGCUUCAAGGAACUUCCUGCUGAAGAAGAGGAGCACGUAACAUCAGCAAGGCAAGCAGUCAUAAAGAGAAACAAUGGACAACCUGUAUCAAGUGAGUGAUCGUGAAAAAGUGAAAAGAGUGAGACACAAUAGGUAAAGUCAUCUUGGUUCAGAGAAAGAAGUACAGUCCACGUGUUAUCUAUUUUCCCCCUCAAUACCUAUCAGUCUCUCGGGCGUGGCAAGGUUGUGAGGCUAACGAUGUGUUAUGGAACUCUUAAGUGCACAGAAGGAGAUAUUAUUAAGAGCGAAUCAAAAGAGGAAGCAAACACGAAUUAAUAUAAAAGUAUAAAACACAACUACAAGAGCUGGGAAAUAAACACAAGAAAGUUAACAAAGUAUUGAUAACAUUACAAGACGACGAAAGGAAAUUUAUUAAACAUUAAAUACAUCAUGAAAUUAUUAGAGGAUUUGAAGCUUCACCAGUUACAAUAAGGAAAGGAGAGGAGAGGAGAGGAGAGGAGAGGAGAGGAGAAGAGUUGCUGCCUCACCACCACCAGCCACCCUUAGAACUCGAGUCUGAUUAAUGGGCCUAGGAGUUGGAGUACUGCAGAAAGAGGGUUAUUCUGUAGUGGCCGUGACAUUAUCCUGCCGCGUCUACGUCAUCGUAACUAUAGUGAAGAAGACAACAAUAGAAAGGUGGACAGAGGUGGACAGGAUAAACGGUGAAAUAAUCUUCGACCAAAGAGACGUGGAGGAAUGAACGACGACCGAAUGUUAACAGAGAGAAACAUUAUAUAGAGAGACAGUGAAGUAAGUGAUGACAGUGAAGUAAGUGAUGGCAGUGAAGUAAGUGAUGACAGACAGUGAAGUAAGUGAUGACAGACAGUGAAGUAAGUGAUGACAGACAGUGAAGUAAGUGAUGACAGACAGUGAAGUAAGUGAUGACGGACAGUGAAGUAAGUGAUGACAGUGAAGUAAGUGAUGACAGACAAUGAAGUAACAGGUGACAGACAGUGAAGUGAUAGCAGACAGUGAAGUCAGUCAUGACAGACAGUGAAGUAAGUGACGACAACAAGAAUUUUACUGAGGAAGAUCUGAGGGCUGUUGGCUCCAUGUUGGUGAAUCAUUAAUAUUUACUGACAAUUAAGACAAAUGUCAGAUGUGGAAGUUGAUUGAGUGGCUCCGGGCGACGUUUGCUUCAGCUGAUCUUGUGGCACCGCGAGGCAUAAUGAGAGUGUGGGUGUGGGUGAUGAUGUGGGCGUGUAUGGGGCGGGUAGUGUGGGUGUACCCAACCUGGGAGGUGAACGUGGGUGUGGAUGCUCCUUACUGUGAGUACAGGAGUCCCACACUCGUCUGUGACUACAAGAAAGUGAAUCAGAUGGUGAAUAUGGUGCAGGUGAACGAUACAGUGCAGAUGGUGUUUGUGAACAACGCGGUGAAGCUACAGCUGAGUGAGUCUGUGUGUGUCAGUGUUAUGUUGAAGAAUGUGGCCGACGUGGUGGUGGUGAAGGGCAAGGACCACCCCUGUCACCGUCACCUUACACUCUCAGCCACAAACUCAACCUUGAACAGACUGCCCGGCCGGGUGGGUCACGUUCACCUGGAGGACGUCAACAUCACCUCGCUGGACACCACCGUCAACAUCACGCAACUCAACGUCAUCAACUCCAUCAUCAAAGUCCUCGACAUUUCCAGCCCCCUGACCUCUGUUAUCUUCUUCUCAACUCACAUAGACACUCUCCAGAGCCUUCACGUAGCUGAUGGCUCAGAGCUUCUUCUACAGAAUACAAAAGUUGACGAUGUUGCUUCUAAGGCUGUGAUAAUAGACGGAGGAAACUUGGUGAUGAGAAACUCUUCUAUAGUCAGAGUAGCAGAGGAGAGUGUCAUCAUGUUUCCAGGAUCUCACCUCAGUCUAGAACACUUCUUUGGUAGCUUGAGGGUGAAAGCUGUGGAGAGUGUUGCUGCCACGAGUCGUCCAACACCACAGUGUCCUACAAGGUCCAGUGAGUGUGAGCCAGUGACCAGUUAUCUCGGUGGGUUUGUAACUUGCCUCUUACUACUGAUGGUCUCGGUCACCAUAAACAUAUUGGGUGUUGUCUACGUGAAACACAACUACCCACAAAACGUCGGUCAAAAGACGACAGAAGAACACCAAGACCAGCGAAAACCUGAGUCUUGUGUUGAAUAUUCUAAGGAUGAAGAAGAAAACCUGUUACUUCAACAGUCACCUUCAGACAGUUUCCUGACGUACAUAAACAGUCACUCACAGUUACUCAAAGAUUUUAGUGAUGAUCUACAAAGUGUAAACUCAAAACAUGAAUCAUUUACCUCGGAGGUGAGUCUUAAAGACGAAGCCGAGAUGAGCGAGAUGAAAGAUAAUCCAGAUGAAAAGUUGAGUGAAAAUAAUGAGUCGAAAACACCGAAGAUUUUAGAGUUGGAAAAAGAGAUACAAGAGUUGAAGUCUUCAGCAAAUGAUAGGGAUAAAAGAAAGAUAUUACGAGAUAAACAAGAGCUCUUAGAAGCAGAAUAUAAGAGCAACAAACUCGAUAAUACACGUAAUAAAAACGCACAAAAAUUAGUUGACAGAGAGAAAGUUUGUAGUGAGAAUCACCAGUUGCUCAACACUAUGGCCGAGAUGGGACAAGGUUGGUUAUCACGGUGGAACGAAACUCUUAAAACUCAUGAUGAAAUUAUGACUCAGUUAUCACCUGUUAUGGAGUUAUUUAUAAUUACCGAUAAUUUGUUGAGUUGUAGAAUUAAUGAUGUGUUAAGUAAGUAUAAACAGCAGCGUCCAGAGACGGAGAGAAUUAUUAUGAGUUUAUCAGAAGAAGAAGAUGAAAAGUUUAGGGAAAUUGAAAAUCAAUUGUUAUCGCAACUGCCGAAGCAAGAACAACAACACUUACAAGGUCGUGAUUAUGUGAGAAAGUUUGCACGACAUUUGAUUGGUGAAAGGUUAAGCAACCAACAUCACUCAUUACAACUGGAGCUCCUCAAGGUUCGUCACUACAUAAAGUUACAACAAGAAAUGAUGAAUCACUCAAGAGGUGACGAUAAGUUACGUCACCGGGAAGCUCUCGUGAGGCACCAAGAGAAGCACCUGACGGACAUACAGACAAUACUUAACACUAUAUUGUUUAUACAGAGUUCUUAUGUUGCCUUACUGAAGCAGAUAUUUGACCGACAGACACACGGGACUGAACAAGACGAGGGUGAACCUUCAACACGGGACUGAACAAGACGAGGGGUGAACCUUCAACACGGGACU